GAAUAUUCAAAAGAAGCAUUGUACUAGUCGCUCCACGAGGCCUCACCCACCGGCGUUGCACCAAAGAAAUCCUGCUAUCUUAUUGCAGAUACUGGGGACUCGCUACUGUUUCUUGAUAGACAUCGAUGCAUGGGGCAUUUGUUGCAGGUCACUGAUCCUGUUACAACCUGGGGGAGAUAGCUACCGGCUCAUUGACAGUUUGGGGAAACGCCCACACAUAAAGCCACCUGCUCUCAACAUUUCAGCUAGUAAACCGCCCAACUACUAAUCAGGAGCGAUUCAAGGAUUGUACGAACCCCUAACCGAUUCAUUCUGCAGCAGUAAAGGUAAUAUAGCUGUUCUAUCAACUGACCUGGCUGGGACAAAAUUCUUUCGCGAGUAUUAUCGUCUGUUCUGUUGUGAAGACUGACUUUGCCUGCACUAGAAGCUCAAAGGGACCCCCCAAGACCGCUUCUUCAUUGGGUCCGGUCAAGCCGAUUAUACAGAGCAUUGGAACCAUUGAAAUGCGUUAGCUAGCUAACGUUAUCCCUCCAGCCGAUUAUACAGUCUGCCUGAGCAAAGUCAAUCCUCUAUUUGCCUUGGAAAGCCGCAGUUGUUUAUUCUUCAGAGGUGAUUCGAGCAGCUGUCAAGAUGAUGCAAAUAACCGAUUCGUACAAUCAAAAGAACUCUUUGUUCAACGCCAUGAAUCGUUUCAUAGGUGCAGUUAACAACAUGGACCAAACCGUCAUGGUGCCUAGUCUUCUUCGGGAUGUGCCGCUUGAAGAGGAAAAGGAAGUUAACCCUGUACGGACCGCAAGCAAUGGCUCUGCUACUUACUUUCAAGAAGGGGACAUGUACGGUGAUUAUGUCCGAUUAAAGUCUAUCCGAAAUGAUAUCGAAUGGGGAGUUCUUCAAGCUGAGGAAAGGCGAAAAGAAAAACUUGGCGUAAACGCUUUGGAGGUGACGCGAGUCGAGCCGGACGAGGCGGACUUGGAGAAGCUCUUUCACUUCCAUUUGAAUGGGCUACACACAGUUCUGUCAACGCUGACCCGUAAAGCGAACACACUCACCAAUAGAUACAAACAAGAAAUUGGAAUUGGUGGCUGUGGGCUUUAGACGGCCAGUUCACCUCCUGGCGCGGUUCCGCGGUGAUCAAACCAAAGAAUACAUCGCGACAAAGUUGUGUUAAAGCGAGGAGAGCAGCCUGUCCUGGUGGUUCUUUAUGAAUCUUUAUUCCUUGGAUUGGGAAAAGAAAUGUACUUGACAUGAAUGCUCUGCACUGGUGUCCCCUGGUGUUUUGUAAUAUUUGUUUUUCACCGCGAUGCUAUGUUUGAUGUUGGCACACUGAAUUGAGUUAUAAGUUGCUAAAUAAUAAGGUUGAAAAUAAUAAAAAUGAGCGCUGGUUUAUUUAAAAUAUUUGCAAUGUACCCUAGAUGUAUCCUUUCCUGUGUAGGGAUAUUAUAAGGGCAACAGGCUUUGGCACAAGACUAGACAGUUUGCACUCCCUACUAGCUUCAUACUAAUUAACAGACUUCCUAUCCUGAGGUUACAAUGAAAUCUAAUGCUAGGCAUUUAAAACUGUUCUAAAUAAUCUAUGAAAUGGAAUCGGAUGAUGUUUCUAUAAUGCUAAAGCUCGAGACUGAUUGAUUCUAGGAGAUUGGACAGUAAAAGUACAAAGUUUUGCUUGUGUAACCAUCUAAAUGCUAUGUAUUUUUUUUUUCUACUGAGAUUCUGAUCCAGAAAAUAAACCUUUCUUUUGUAAGUAUA